UGGUUCUUCUGCAGACAUAAAUUUUAUGAGCGAAAAGUUGAUAAUAUUUCAAAUAUAAAAUUUUAUGAAGUACAUGGAACACAGAUAUUGAUUCAAACGAUUGUAACAUUCGAUUGUAACAUUCUUGCCAUUGCAUUAUCAACUGAAGAUCAUUGCAUGCUUAGAUGGCAUUCACAAUAAAAAAAUGCAGCAUGAUGCUGCAUAAACUCUCUGAUGCUGUUGUCAGAAGUGAUGGGCGCCCUGAACAGAGUCUGCCACAAGCGUCUGCUGAUGCUGUUGAAGUCAAGUCUGAGGAAGCUCGUGCUCCUUCUCCGCUUCUCUUCAUGAAGGACGAGCCUGAAGAUGAAGUGAUGUAUGAUGUGUCUGUGAAGAAUGAACUUUGCAGUGAGCAUGUAAAACUUGAAGACGGAUAUCUGCAGGAGGAACGAGUCCUGUUUGAAGAUGAGAACAGCGCCGGUGUGUCGGCACGUGAGGAGGCAUCAAGAGACGCUCCUGGCGGUGCUCACGUCUCUGGGGCGUCCAGCUCAAAGCAACGCUCCAGGUGCACAUUUUCCCAGCGUGGGUUAUUGGCUAUUGGUGCCGCCCAUCUGCAGCGGCAUAUUCAUCUUACACGGCAACCCACGCGCGCAGGACCUGCCGCUGAAAGACCAAGUAAACGCUCCCCAAUCAAGCUCACUCGCACCCAUCAAAAGGACCGCCGUAAGCAAUUACUUCUUGGACAAUCUUCUGCGAAGCCACACCGAUGCUCAAUAUGCGGCGAUUAUAAUUCGGUCUCAAAAGCUAACUUAAAGCGACACAUUCUUCACAAACAUUCGUCAGACAAGCCUUACCGAUGUUCUGAAUGUAAUUAUGCGUGUGUCGAAAAAGGUACCUUAAGCCGACACAUUCAUAGCAAACAUUCGUCAGACAAGCCUUUCCGCUGUUCUGACUGCGAUUAUGCGUGUGUCGAAAAAGGUAACUUGAAGCAACACAUUCUUCGCAAGCAUUCGUCAGACAAGCCUUACCGAUGUUCUUACUGCGAUUUUGCGUGUGUCAGAAAAGAUGCAUUGAAAAAGCAUGUCCGUUCCAAGCAUGCAUUAGUGAACGCUCCUUGUGGCUCAGUGUGAGGCUUCACUUGUGUCCGAACCUCGGACCUCUCAGUGUAUAACGGUGUUUGAGCUUUGAACUGGAAUUUCUUUGUGCACAAUUGUGUUGGAAAAUGGAACGUCUUGGUGUACAACGGUGUUUGAGCUUUGAACUGGAAUUUCUUUGUGCACAAUUGUGUUGGAAAAUGGAACGUCUUGGUGUACAACGGUGUUUGAGCUUUGAACUGGAAUUUCUUUGUGCACAAUUGUGUUGGAAAAUGGAACGUCUUGGUGUACAUUUGCAUCGGAAAAUGGAACCUCUUAUAAUUCUUGGAAAUUAUUGUUUUUGUAUAUUUUGCGUUAGAUAAAUGAGUGUUUUUUGUUCAGUUUGAAAAUGGAUAAAAAACAUUUCCAGCUUUUUGUGCUAAAAUAUUGAGACGGAUGUUGACUGGAUGAGUACUCAAUUAAUGAAAAUUUUAAUCAGGCUCAUUCAGAAUCGAUGAAUUUUUAGUUUUAAUGUCGUUCCAAUAAUUUUCAGUUUUAAUGCCGUUCCAAGUAUCAAUCAUGAUGUUCUCCUCUACUAGACUUCUUGUCUUCCAUAAUUAAGAUAAAGGAAUUAGAUGUUUGUAUGUAACCCAUUGUAUUCAUCUUUAAUGUGGUCCAAUCGUGGCCCCGCACCUAACUCACGGGAUUGUUGUCUCUACGUUGCUGAGGAAAUUAAGACAAAAUUGUGAGAAAAAGAUUGCAGUGUCUGGAAAGAUAGAUUUUUACUUUUAGAAAAACUAAUAGCUGCAGAUAACUUAGGCAAAUUUAAGUGUGAUGGAAAUUAAACGAUUUCUUAGGUCCUGUAGGUGAUAGAAAUUCAGUCAGAUAUAAUGUGCAUGGGUAAAUUGAACAAUUUUUCGCCAUACUCAGGUACUCUCUGUAUGAAGACCGCACCGUCCACAGCCUCAGUAUGAAGACCGUAAGUCCACAGCCUCAGUAUAAUCAUGGCCUGCUUCUCAGAACCAUGUGCUUAAGCUUAAAAAAUUUAUUGGUGAAAAUUUCCGUACUUGAUUUAACACUAUCUCACCGACUGGAGACGCUAAUUUUAUGUAGGAACAGCAAGAGUUUAUUCAGUCCGUCGAACUAUCUCUACAGUUAUUUACCUUUAUUAGUUUGUAUCGAUUCACAAUAAAAAGCAUUGUCACGCGUUUCA